CAUCUACAAAAGAAAUAUCAACAACUUUGGGGCAUUUAUGCAUGUGUGUUGUGACUUGAAAUUUAUGCUUUUAUGUUAAUGUUGUUAUUGUUGCUGCCGUUGACUGACAGUAUUUGUUUUUUGGCAUUUCAUCUGGAGUAAAAUGUAAUUUAUUUAUUUAUUAUUACCUUUAACAAAAGCAUAUGGAAGCAGUUUCCGUUUAUUAAAAUGGCGGCUUAAUCAAAAUCAAAACUAUAACUAUCACAUAAUGCAAAAACCUCAUACAAACUUAAGGUCCAACUUCUACUUAAAUCAAAAUGGAUUCCAAGAACCAAACGUGAUUUUUACUUGAAAGGGUUUAAAAAAUACUAUCCUGCACUUAUUUCCAACCAAACAAAAGAAAAACCACAAAGUUAAAAUUUGCUGGCACUAUAUAAAAUUGUUAUAUAUAAUUUAGAUGAGAAAUAUUUGGUCCCUUAAAAACGAUUUCAACGUUUAAAUCAAAAGAGUUCCCAAAUUGAAAAACUCAACCAAAAAGGCACUUUAAGCAAACCUCCACAAAAUGCACAACUGCAAACAAAUUUGGCUAUUCGUCUUUAGCUGGUAUAUGCUAUAUCCUUUUAGCACAGACUCAACACCACUACCAGUUUCAGCUAUAAAUUCCGCAGAGCAUAGUCAUACUGCACCCUGUCCACAUGAAAGCAUAGCCGAACUCAUCAAAACAAGUCCUGUGAUAGUUAAAGCAUUGGGAGCGCGUGUAUUCACCGACGAUGACUUAAGUGUGUUGCAGAUGGUCAGGGGUGAGCAGGAUAACUGGCAAAAUGGGCAAAAUAAUUUCUUAACGUCAGCAACACUUGACUCGACAGUAAAAGUACAAUCCGCAGCGACCCCAACAACAACGAGAGCAUCAACGGCGUCAGCAGCAUUGCAUAACAAAAAUUCUGCUGGUGACAAUAGCUAUAAUAACAACAACAGCAAGAGAAACAUGCCAACAACGGAAGUAGAGUCCAUUUUAAUAACAUUAACACCGGAAACAAUAUACAAAGGGGCCUCGUUGCUUAAAAUGACACCGGGUGCGGAAAAUGCACCACGGAACAAUCUUGGUAGUAGUAGCAGUAGCAAUGGCUAUGGCAACCAAGCAGAGUCAGCAUAUCAAUAUGAGGGUCAAUUAAAUGCAACCCUUGAGCCCUUAGCCUGUUUCGAUGGAAAUGUGCUGAAAAUGUUGCCAACUGAAUUAAUUGCUUUUGGCAAAUUGAUAACUGUCCAACAGCAACAGCAACAGCUACAACAAGGACAACAAAGUCAAAGCCAAGAGCGUUCCGGACAAAAGGAUAUUUUACGCAUCAGCAUAAACGGAUUGCAUCGGUGGAGUCCACAAUUUGAAAAUCACAUCUGGAAACAUUUGGGUAAGCUUAUAUUAAUUAAAUAA